AUUCCCAUACGUGGCUGGUCUAUGAGAUGGCAGAGAAUGGAACAGAUUGUGACCAGAGACGCAUAGGAAUGAUCAAAGAACAGCACAAUGGAAAUUUUACAGAUUCCUCUUUGUUGAGUGAACGGAAGCGAAGGGACCGAGAAGAGAGGUUGAAUAUUGUCCUGUGGAGACAACCGCUUGUUACCCUGCAGUAUUUUUUCCUGGAAACUCUAAUAAGCUUGAAGGAAUGGACCAUAAAAUUGUGGCAUCGGCGGAGUAUCUUGGUGUCUUUUUUACUGACGCUUGCAGUGCUUACAGCUACGUAUUACGUUGAAGGAACACAUCAACAGUAUGUGCGGUAUAUGGAGAAGAAGUUCUUCUGGUGUGCCUACUGGGUAGGAUUAGGCAUUCUGUCCUCCGUUGGACUUGGAACAGGUCUUCACACCUUUCUGCUCUAUUUG